GGGGGGCAACUGGGGAUGGAUGCGAGGCCGCUGCAUGUGAGUUUCAACCUGGCUGUGUGACGUGUGGCUGUGCCAGCUUUCCUAGUUGUGAAGACCUGGUACUGAAGACAGACAUUGGACAGGCCUGAUUCAACCCACUGGGUUCCAGGAGUGGAUUGACGCCCUAGCAGGACCAUGAGCGAGGACACGGUCCCUGAGGCAGCCUCACCACCACCCUCUCAAGGACAGCACUACUUUGACCGGUUCUCUGAGGAUGACCCUGAAUACCUGCGCCUUCGCAACCGUGCAGCUGACCUGCGGCAGGACUUCAACCUGAUGGAGCAGAAGAAAAGGGUUACCAUGAUCCUGCAGAGCCCUUCUUUCAGGGAGGAGCUGGAAGGUCUCAUCCAGGAGCAGAUGAAGAAGGGCAACAAUUCCUCCAACAUCUGGGCACUAAGGCAGAUCGCGGACUUCAUGGCCAGCACCUCCCAAGCAGUCUUCCCAGCUUCUUCCAUGAACUUCUCCAUGAUGACACCCAUCAAUGACCUUCACGCUGCUGACUCCCUGAACCUAGCCAAGGGGGAGAGGCUCAUGCGGUGCAAGAUCAGCAGUGUCUACCGCCUCCUGGAUCUCUAUGGCUGGGCGCAGCUCAGCGACACCUAUGUCACGAUGAGAGUGAGCAAGGAGCAGGACCACUUCCUGAUCAGUCCCAAGGGGGUCUCCUGCAGUGAGGUCACAGCAUCUAGCCUGAUCAAGGUGAACAUUCUGGGAGAGGUGGUAGAGAAGGGCAGCAGUUGCUUCCCAGUGGACACCACAGGCUUCAGUCUGCACUCAGCCAUCUAUGCCGCCAGGCCCGACGUAAGGUGUGCCAUUCACCUACACACGCCUGCCACAGCCGCGGUGUCAGCUAUGAAGUGUGGCCUCCUGCCUGUCUCCCAUAAUGCCCUGCUGGUGGGGGAUAUGACCUACUAUGACUUCAAUGGGGAAAUGGAGCAGGAAGCAGAUCGAAUCAACUUGCAGAAGUGCCUUGGACCUACCUGCAAGAUCCUGGUGCUGAGAAACCAUGGCAUGGUUGCUCUGGGUGACACCGUGGAGGAGGCUUUCUAUAAGAUCUUCCACCUGCAGGCUGCAUGUGAGGUACAGGUGUCAGCUCUGUCCAGCGCAGGAGGAACUGAGAACCUUAUCCUUCUGGAGCAAGAGAAACACCGGCCACAUGAGGUGGGCUCUGUGCAGUGGGCGGGCAGCACCUUCGGGCCCAUGCAGAAGAGCCGACUGGGAGAACAUGAAUUUGAAGCACUCAUGAGGAUGCUGGACAACUUAGGCUACAGAACAGGCUACACAUACCGCCACCCCUUUGUCCAAGAGAAAACCAAACACAAAAGUGAAGUGGAGAUCCCAGCCACAGUCACAGCCUUCGUGUUUGAAGAGGAUGGUGCCCCAGUCCCUGCCCUACGUCAGCAUGCGCAUAAGCAGCAGAAGGAGAAGACCCGCUGGCUUAACACACCCAACACCUACCUGCGGGUGAAUGUGGCCGACGAGGUACAGAAGAACAUGGGCAGUCCCAGGCCCAAGACCACGUGGAUGAAAGCUGACGAAGUGGAAAAGCCCAGCAGUGGCAUGCCCAUACGGAUCGAAAACCCAAACCAAUUCGUGCCUCUCUACACUGACCCCCAAGAAGUGCUGGACAUGAGGAACAAGAUUCGAGAGCAAAACCGACAAGAUAUAAAGUCUGCAGGGCCUCAGUCCCAGCUCUUGGCCAGCGUCAUCGCCGAGAAGAGCCGAAGCCCGUCUACAGAAAGCCAGCUGGUGUCCAAGGGUGAUGCAGAUACCAAAGACGAAUCAGAGGAGACCGUGCCCAAUCCCUUCAGCCAACUCACCGACCAGGAGCUGGAAGAGUACAAGAAGGAGGUGGAAAGGAAGAAACAAGAACAGGAAGGGGUGAAGGACAUAGACACAGGAGAGCCUGGCUCACCUGUAAAGUUCACACCUGCAUCUCCAGUGCAGAGCCAAACAAAAGCAGGGACCAAGAGUCCGGCAGUUUCUCCUUCCAAGGCUUCAGAGGAUGCCAAGAAGAAAGAAGACAGCAAAGCCACCAUGGAGCCUGAGCCAGUGAAACCGGAAGGGGUAGUGGUGAAUGGGAAGGAAGAGGAGCCAAGUGCAGAAGAGAUCCUCAGCAAAGGACUGGGCCAGAUGACCACCAAUGCUGACACUGAUGGUGACAGCUACAAGGACAAAACUGAGUCAGUUACCAGUGGCCCCUUGUCCCCAGAGGGUUCACCCUCCAAGUCACCCUCCAAAAAGAAAAAGAAAUUCCGAACCCCCUCCUUCCUGAAGAAGAGCAAGAAGAAGGAGAAAGUGGAAUCCUGAUUGGUGGCUCCUGCUGUAUCCCUGCCCUCCUUCCCUGCCCUUCUCCCAACUCUGCCCCUGGAGCAUAGGGCCAAUGAGGUAUAGAGAAGGACCUGGGAUCGCACUCAGAGGGGGGCUUAAAGCCAGCCUUCCCAGAGAAAACAGGUAUCUUGCCCACAGUCGCAGUUAGUUGGUGGCAGGGCCUGCCCUAGAUUUGAGCUUCCUGACUACCAUGGUCAUGCUCUAUCCUCUGUUCAACACUGCCUAGUCCUAGGCUGCCUUUGUUAGGACACCACCUGCCAGCCUGAGCCCAGGGCAGGAAGGCCAAGCACCAGGCAUGGUCACAAAUGCUCACAGGCUAAGACUUCCUCUGAAUGAGGUCCAUCUCUUCCCAGGAAUCCUGCCUCUUGCUGAUGGAGCUGUCUCCACAGCAAGAAGCCGUGCUUCUCUCUUCCAUUUUGGGUCCCUUCCCCUGUUCAAAGUAACUAGGCAAGCUGACCUGUUCCCCUUCCCCCCAAUAGAAGUUAAUCUUU